GGCAAGACUAUAAUUAAGUUCCAAAAUACUUUGUCAUGCUUCAAUCCUUCUUUUCUAUUCUUGUAUACCACAACAUUUUCCCAAUUAACUAAAUUAUCCAAAACCAAAAAAAAAACUCCAAAAAUUGCAGAGAGAGAAUGGCCAUCAACUCCUUUCUGUCUCUAAAACCACUUCCACCACCACCUCUCUCCUUCCCCUCCACCCACCGCCGCCGCCGCCACCACAAUUCCUUCCCCAAAAUACCCUCCUCAUCAUCCAAAUAUGACGACAACAACAACCCCCGUGACACAGACUGCCCGGUCCCACCAGAGCAGCAGCCAAUCAACGAGUUCCACUCUCUCUCUAGCUCCUUCCCCUUCUCAUGGGCGUCAAGCGACGUCGUCGAGUACUCUUCUAGGCUGUUCGCGGUCGGCGCCUGCUUCGCCAUCUUCGUGGGCCUUCCCGUUUCCUGGUUCGGGUCGAUCGGGCCCAAAUCCGAGCCCAUUAAACUCGCUAUGGGCUGCGUUGGUAGUGGGCUUUUUAUCGUGAUUCUUGCUGUUGUGAGAAUGUAUUUGGGCUGGGCCUAUGUGGGAAACAGGCUUCUCAGUGCUACUGUUGAAUAUGAGGAGACAGGAUGGUAUGAUGGCCAGAUUUGGGUGAAAACUGCUGAAGUUUUGGCUCGUGAUCGCCUCCUUGGCUCAUUUUCAGUGAAACCUGUACUUGGUAGAUUGAAAAACACACUUGUUUUUCUUGGAAUAUCAUUGCUAAUGUGUAUAGUUCCCCUUGUUAACUCGGACGGCCAAAAGCGCGGUUUCAUUCCCCCAGCGGAGCCAGGAGGGCGAGCCAUUCCGGGGGUCUACAACGAUGAGUCCGCCAGGAACUUCGAGCCCGAGGCCUUUUGUGGCGGUGAAUCCACGGCCCCUGAUUUCUAGUGUCACAGCUGCUUUUGUGUAUUUUGAAAUUUAAAACUAAGAACAAUGUUGAUAGUGAACAUAUACUUGAUGAAAUUUGGUACCCGCCUA